CCCUCUGGGAUAAUAAAGCCAAACCUAAAUCUAAACUAGACAAACCAGUCCUGCCAGGGUCUCGGGUUUCACCACACAGCCGACAAUGUCUGCCUGAGUCAAGGGGUCUGCUGCUUCUGCUUCAAUGCUUUUUUGACCAUCUAGAAAUCAGUUGAGCUUCUGUGAAGAUGACACUGGGUUCCACUCUGAUCAAAUAUUCAAUCAUCUUGGCAUCCUGAAAUGGCUUUCUACAGCUCUAAGUCCAAAGAGAAGUCUGGACAGGCAUACUUUAAGAUAGGAAGACAAAAAGAAGAAGUUGCCAGUCUGUCCGGUUUGACAGAGAAAUUUUCUCAAGUUAUUAAAACACUUCGUUAUGAGGGACUUCUUGAGGUCACUGAUUACUACAAGCCCUACUUGGCCUAUGUGAUUGAAUAUGAUGUCAGGAGUGUCUUGCAGAACCUGGUCACCAAGUACAUCCUCACCAAUGAUGAGGCCAAGACCUUUAAAGCCAAAGAAGAGCGUGAGGGUCUAGCAGGUGUGGAGUCCUUCAUCAAUGACAUGAUGAAGAAAGACAGAGUGGUGCUGGUCAGCCUAUGGCAGGCUCUGGCUGAAGAACUUAUGAAAUUGCCAUCACCCAACCUGACAAGAAUACUGGAGGAGGUGACAGAGUAUGGACCGGACCUCUUGAUAAACAUUCAGGCCAGUCUCCAUCCCAUUCCCAUUAAGGUUCAUAUUAAAGGCCUCUAUGACAUGCACAGAGGUAAUGUGCUUUUAUCUACAACAGUUCUGGAAGAUCAGGCUUCUCCUGGAAAUGCACACACCAGAGCUGUGGUCUUUGAGACUCGAUACACUGAGCUGAUGGUCAUUGGUCAGUACAGAAGGACCUACAAUGAGACUCACCAUGAACUUGAGAAAACAGGAAUAACUCAUGCAGAGCUGGUGGAGGAGAAGACAAAAGUGAAAUGUGAACGAAUCUGGACUGAGCAACUUUUUAGAAGAAGCCCAGGAAGUCAGACACCCCCCCACAUUGUAGUAGUCAGUGGGGUGGCUGGCAUUGGGAAGACCACCAUGGUGCAGAAGAUCUUGUUUGACUGGGCCAGGGGCACUCAUUACCAAAGGUUUGCAUUUGUGUUCCUGUUUAAAUUCAGGGAGCUGAACCUACUAGAUACGGAGACAGAGCCUCAGAUGCCUCUGACCAGGCUAAUUGUAAGGCACUAUAAAUAUCUUAAUGACCCAAGACUGAGAGAAAUCCUAAAAAAACCUGAAUCUCUCCUCUUUAUAUUUGAUGGACUGGAUGAGUAUAAACACAAACUGAACUUCACACAGAGUAAAUUCUGCUCUGGCCCAGAUGACUACUUUCCUGUCCACAUCCUGGUCACAAGCCUGGUCAAUCAAACAUUACUGAAGGGCUGUACAGUUUUGAUUACGAGCAGACCAGUAGCUUUGGAGUCCCUGGACAUGGAGAGAGUUGAUCGAUUUGCAGAGAUCCUGGGGUUCUUCCCUGAACAAAGGCUGAUGUAUUUUAAGAAGUUCUUUGAUGAUGCUGAUUUGGGUGCUGAGGCUUUUCAGUAUGUGGAGGAAAAUGCCAUCCUGUACACCAUGUGCUUCAACCCCUCAUACUGCUGGAUUAUCUGCUCUGUGCUGAAGAGCCAUUUCAUGACGCCUGAAGAAGAGCGAGGAGCCAUUCCCAGAACUGUCACAGAGCUCUUUGUGAUGUUCCUUCACAACAUCCUCACCAAUCACAAACGAGAAGCAGAGGACCAGCUGGGGAUUCUGGUCAAACUGGGAAAAAUGGCUUUUUAUGGGGUGAACAACAGAACCCUUGUGUUUUAUGACAAGUUUGAGAUGUCAACCUUUGGUCUCCAGUCAGUCCUGUCUUCUCCAUUUCUGUCAGGGUUCCUCAAAGAAAUCCUUCAGAGAGAAAGCUAUCUGGAACACACAACAUACACAUUCUACCACCUCACCAUACAGGAGUUUAUGGCCGCCUGCUCCUUCUACCUUGAUCCAUCAGGGAGAGUUGAUGAGAUGCUUGCAAAGGUGGACUCAUGUAAAGAUGGCCGGUUUGAAAUUCUCACUCGAUUUUUGGCAGGACUGACCAGGCCUUCUGUGUUUAAUGCACUGGAAGGAAACUUGGGGGAAUUUGAUUGGAAGACAGCAAAGCAAAUACUAGAGUGGGUUAAGCAGAAGCUGAAAAUGCUCUACAGGGUGGAAGUAAAUGUGAAGAUGAAGAUGUGCCCUUUGGCCAAGAUAAAAGUGAAGCUCUGCGAGUGUGUCAGUGGCUGUAUGAGACUCAGAAUGAGAAAUUAA